AUGCCUGAGGGCGAGGCGAAGGCCCCUGCGGCCCACGAAUACAACCCGCACGAGGUAUAUCCUGUGCCGCAGGGCCUGUUCAAAAAACAUUCGACCAGACCGCAUCUGAUAAAUCUGGAGGAGUAUAGAAAGCUUCACAAGGAGUCCAUAGAGAAUCCCGACAAAUUCUGGGCGAAACAGGCGAGAGAGCUGUUGACCUGGGAACGUGACUUUCAAACUGUUCGCUCGGGAUCGUUGACAAACGGCGACAUUGCGUGGUUCUUGGAGGGCCGCCUCAACGCAUCAUACAAUUGCGUCGAUCGCCACGCAUUCAAGGAUCCAGAAAAGCCUGCAAUUCUCUACGAGGCGGAUGAGCCUGGCGAUGGCCGAAUCAUCACCUAUGGCGAGCUUCUCCGACAGGUGUCUAAGCUAGCUUAUGUCCUCAAGCAGAUGGGCGUUAAAAAGGGGGACACGGUGGCCAUAUACCUUCCCAUGAUUCCUGAGGCUUUGAUUGCAUUCCUCGCCUGCAGCCGCAUUGGCGCUGUCCAUUCGGUCAUCUUUGCUGGUUUCUCCUCAGACUCGCUUCGUGAUCGAGUCCUAGACGCUCAAUCCAAAGUUGUCAUCACCACUGAUGAGGGAAGACGCGGCGGAAAAGUGAUUGGCACCAAGAAGAUUGUGGAUGACGCGCUCAAGCAAUGUCCUGAUGUCUCGCAUGUUUUGGUGUACAGACGCACCGGGGCUGAAAUUCCAUGGACCAAGGGAAGAGACUUUUGGUGGCACGAGGAGGUCGAAAAAUAUCCAUCUUAUAUUGCACCAGAGCCCGUGAACUCUGAGGACCCCCUCUUUCUUCUCUACACAUCUGGUUCCACGGGAAAGCCCAAAGGUGUGAUGCACACAACUGCAGGCUAUCUUCUCGGCGCGGCUUCGACUGGAAAGUACGUCUUUGAUAUCCACGACACAGAUAGGUUUUUCUGUGGUGGUGACGUUGGUUGGAUCACUGGUCAUACUUAUGUUGUCUACGCGCCUCUUUUGUUAGGCGUUGCCACUGUCGUUUUCGAAGGCACUCCAGCUUAUCCUGACUUCUCACGCUACUGGGAGGUGAUUGAAAAGUACAGCGUUACUCAAUUCUACGUCGCCCCCACUGCCCUGCGGUUACUGAAGCGAGCGGGCGAUCACCAUGUCAAGCAUAAGAUGAAAGGCCUCAGGGUGUUGGGCUCCGUUGGUGAGCCAAUUGCCGCAGAAGUCUGGAAAUGGUACUACGAGGUAGUUGGAAAGGAAGAAGCUCAUGUCGUCGAUACCUACUGGCAAACGGAGACGGGAUGUCACGCCAUCACGCCGCUCGCGGGUAUUACCCCAUCGAAACCCGGAAGUGCUACGCUUCCAUUCUUCGGCUUCGACCCUGUCAUCAUAGAUCCCGUGUCCGGGGAAGAGAUUCAGGGAAAUGAUGUCGAAGGCGUGUUGGCUUUCAAACAGGCAUGGCCUAGCAUUGCUCGCACAGUGUGGGGAGCUCACAAGCGAUACAUGGAUACUUAUCUGAACGUCUAUAAAGGUUAUUAUUUCACUGGCGAUGGUGCUGGGCGGGAUCAUGACGGUUAUUACUGGAUUCGUGGCCGUGUAGAUGACGUCGUAAAUGUCUCUGGGCACAGGCUUUCUACCGCUGAAAUUGAGGCCGCACUUAUUGAGCACCAUGCCGUUGGUGAGGCCGCUGUGGUGGGCAUCCAUGACGAGCUUACAGGGCAGGCCGUUAAUGCCUUUGUAUCUCUCAAGGACGAGCAAUCAUCUCUCGAUCAAGUCAAGAAGGAGCUCGUUCUCCAGGUGCGAAAGUCGAUUGGACCUUUCGCUGCCCCAAAGGCUGUAUACAUUGUCGGCGAUCUACCAAAGACCCGUUCCGGCAAAAUAAUGAGACGUAUUUUGCGGAAGAUUCUUGCUGGGGAAGAGGAUUCUCUCGGUGAUACCUCCACGCUAUCCGACCCCAGCGUGGUAGACAAGAUCCUCGACCUUGUCCAUUCUUCACGAAAGAAUUAA